GCUUUCGAUCAAUAUUGAUGCACGCCGUCGCCUGAGCGCGUGCACGUGUGCCCGUUAUGUAAUGCCUAUCCCUCUGGGUAUCUCCGGGACGGCGUGACGUCAGCUCCGGAAGGUCUGAGCGGCGCGCGAGCGGCUGCUGGUCACAGACCAGCGAACGGCUGGAAAACAAACCGCAAGCGACGCGUUCGCUCCUCGGCAAGCCACGAACACGAUAAAGGCCGAGAGUCGGAGGCCACUUUUAGGGUCAAGUGGACGACGGCGCGAGAGAACUGUGUGCAGAGAAGGUCGCGCGCGCCUUUUGCACGGACCCGUUUAUGCGACCCGUGACGAUGUCCGCCACCGUGAACGUUACUUCCAAGAACGGAGACUCCGGGCUUAACGGGUCCUGGGUGGAGUUGGAGAUGAACCGAAGCUCAGCCUCCGCGGCCCCGGGCCUGCUGCACCUCCCUCGGGCGGAGGAAGAGGAGGCCGUGGCGGGGGGGCUGGAGCACGUCCCGUCCUCGUCCUCCAUCCACGACAACGACAUGGAGAAGAUCCUGCUGGACGCCCAGCACGAGUCGAGCCGCAGCAACUCCUCCUGCGACAGCCCCCCGAGGCCCCACAGCCCCCAGGAGGAGGACGAGCAGAUCAUCUUCGACGUGGACGUGAGCGUCAGAAGAGAAAGCCUCACGGAGGAGCAUGCCUUGGACCAGGAGAGGGACAUGGACAUCCUGAUGAAGGACGCAGACUGGGUCGCUGACUGGUCCAGCCGACCGGAGAACAUUCCCCCCAAGGAGUUUCACUUCCGCCACCCUCGGCGCUCCGUGUCGCUCAGCAUGCGGAAGACCGGCGCCAUGAAGAAAGGAGGAAUCUUCUCCGGCGACUUCCUCAAAGUCUUCAUCCCCUCGCUGCUGCUGUCGCACAUCCUCGCUCUGGGGCUGGGAGUGUACAUCGGAAGGAGGCUGACCACGGCGCCCGCCACCUCCUUCUGAACCCCCCCCCCCCCCCCGGAGCUGAAGAGAAGUGCCUGAGGAGCGGCCGCGAGUCGCCGGAGAACGUUUUUCUUUUUGUGCCGUCGCAAGAUGAACGGCCGUCUCCCCCCCCCCCCCCCCCCACACACACACACCCCAUCACUGAGAUAGGUCAUGUCCUCAGGAGAAAUGCAUCUGCCUUUUCCCCCUCUCUUUCUCUCGCUUGUCUCCUCCCCCCCACCUCCCUCAGCCUUUUCCCCCUCUUUCUCUCUUUUUUUCUUCUUUUCUUCCCCUUUUCCGCUCCAACUACUUGAUGUCCCAGUUUCGAUCGGCACGAUGACGCGAUGACUUUUGGGUUUUUAACGGCAUUUCAACCACAGAGGGAUAUUUUUUUUUACGGCAGUAUUCUGGAUUUCCCAUUUUUGAGUGUCCAUUUUAUUUUAUUUUUCGCAGAAAGAUUGUGAGCGCACAGAGAAGUCGAGUUUGAAAGAAGCCUCGUUGUGGACGGCAGAGCCGACUGUGAAAAGGAAAAGAAAAGGUUUCCUUAGGAUUUGCUCUUACUUUAAUUAUUGUGACGAUGCAUUUGCUUUGAUUGUCUUUUUCCCGCCACAUUGGAAGAAUGAAUCAGUGUUUUGUCAUUAAAAAUGACCUGAAUGAACCUUU